AACAAAAGUUUUCGUAUUAAAAUGACUGAUGGUCGAGUGCUUUAUGGUACUUUUGCAUGUACAGAUCGUGAUGGCAAUAUUCUAGCAUCGUGUUCAGAAUAUCUCAGUGAACACUCUGAUCCAAGUGAAGAAAGAGUUUUAGGACUUAUUAUGGUUCCUGGAAGACAUAUAGUUAGUAUUCAAGUUGAUGAUCUUAAUGAGCCUACAAGAAAAAUUAUUGAAUGCACAACUAAAUUAUCUUCUGAAAGUAUGACAUCAGAAGAAUAAUGAAAAAUAUAUAAUGUAACUUGUAAG